AUGGAAGCAAUCGACCUAAAACAGUUUGAAAAUGAGAUUGAACUUGCUGUGAAUGAUGAUAUUGAAGGGCAAAAAUUUCAGCAACUUGAAGAAGAAGAAGAAGAAGUUGAAGUUUAUGAUUACUCAAAACGAGCACAGUGGCUUAGAGCUGCUGUUCUAGGUGCAAAUGAUGGUUUACUAUCAAUUUCAUCGUUGAUGAUCGGAGUUGGGGCUGUCCGCAAGGAUUCCAAGACGAUGAUCCUCACCGGAAUAGCCGGUUUGGUGUCCGGAGCUUGUAGCAUGGCCAUCGGAGAAUUUGUGUCCGUGUACUCACAAUAUGACAUAGAAGUGGCACAAUUCAAGAGAGAGAACAUGACUAAAAUUGCUGAAAAAAAUGAUGUGGAUGAGGCCAAGAAAGAGAAAUUGCCAGACCCUUUUCAAGCAGCCGCAGCGUCAGCUUUUGCUUUCAUGGUAGGGGCAAUAGUGCCUUUGCUGUCAGCAGCUUUCAUAGGUGACUACCACGUAAGGUUAGGGGUGGUGGUGGCUGCCGUGAGUAUUGCACUUUUAGGGUUUGGUGGAGUUGGGGCUUUCUUAGGGAGGGCACCUCUUGUGAGAUCUUCCUUGAGGGUGUUAAUUGGAGGGUGGUUGGCUAUGGGAAUAUCUUUUGGUCUUACAAAAGCUAUUGGUUCCACUGGACUUUAA